AGUGAGAGAAAGAAGAGAGAGAGUAGAGAGAGAAAGAGGGCGGUUUUAAGAUUCCUCUCGUAAAUAAUAGUACCUCACCUUUCUCUCUCUCUCUCUCUCUCUCUCUCUCUCUCUUCGGAGUUGCUCACUCGUUGCGUUCUCCUCUCUCUAUCUCUCUCGAUCUCUGGAUCGAAUUCUAGGGUUUCUUGCGGAGCUAGGUGAGCUGUGCGAGGAUUAUGGGGUGAUUAUGGUGAUAACUUUUUGGCUUUUAGGAAGGGAUUUUGAUACGUGGGUGAAGUAAUAUUGGGGGAUUUGGAGAAAUUUUGGGGGAUUUAGGUUUUCUUUGCUUGGUUUCGAUUGGUGGGGAGAUGAGGAGAGCAAAUGAUAGCGUGGAGACCGUGAAUGCGGCGGCGGCGGCGAUAGUAUCGGCCGAGAGCAGAGUCCAACAAGUCACUGUUCCGAUAUCUGAUUACACUAUAAUCACUGGCUGAAUAAGACAUUUCACUUGCAGCGGAGAAGAUGGCCGACCUGGUUCAGCAUGUACUGGUGCUUUGGAUCUCACAAGCAUGACAGGCGCAUAAGCCACGCGGUCCUCGUCCCUGAGCCGAUGGUCCCAAGUUCUCACACAACUAUAGCCGAAAACUCUAACCACCAUCCCCCAUCCCUCGUCCUCCCCUUCGUCGCUCCUCCUUCCUCCCCCGUCUCCCUACUCCAAUCGGAACCCCCAUCAGCCUCCCACUCGCCUGCAGGUCCCAUCUCCUUCUCCCCUAUCUCCGGCAAUUCCUACUCACCGACCGGUCCUGCCUCCAUAUUCGCCAUCGGCCCAUAUGCCCACGAGACUCAAUUAGUCUCGCCCCCUGCCUUUUCUACAUUCAAUACCGAACCAUCCACCGCUUCCUUCACCCCUCCCCCUGAACCUAUGCAUCUCACCACCCCUUCAUCCCCUGAAGUACCAUUUGCCCAGCUUUUGAGUUCUUCCUUCAGUACUAGCGGCAGAAAGGGCGGGGAAGCCUGCGAGUUCAAUUCAUACCAGCUGUACCCUGGUAGCCCAAUUGGUCACCUGAUAUCGCCAAGCUCGGUUUGUUCUGGCACUUCAUCUCCGUUCCCUGAUCCUGAACCGCCGAAGAUCUUGAACGCCGAAGAGAUCUCGAGGCGCAAGCUGACACCCCGCCAUUCUCGCAAUGGUGGCUCACUUCUAGAUGGACGAAUAACAGCAGCUGCAUCACUGGUGGAUUUAACUGUCGGGUCGCAGAACCAUGAACAUGGUGCUGAUCACAGAGUAUCGUUUGAAUUGACCGCAGAGGACGUCGCCCGUUGUUUGGGGAAGAAAUCGGCGAUUUCAGGGGAACAUUUGAAGAUUGCUACUACAACUGCUACUGAUGGAGUCUGUACAGAAAAGAGUGUUGAUAAUGAAAACUGCAGCGAUAUCCCAGAGAAAGCACGGAGUUCUCUCUCUCUUCCAGUGGCUAAAGAGUUCAAUUUCGAUAAUUCAGAUACCGCAAACGCAGAGCCCAGCCUUGGCUCCGACUGGUGGGCCAACGAGAAGGUUGGAAGAGCCACCGAGCCGAGAAAGGACUGGGCUUUCUUCCCUAUGAUCCAACCGGGGGUCAGCUAAUUUGUCGUCGCACCGAGCUACUUCCAGACUUAUAUAUAGUUCCUGAUCCAUCUGACAGGUUUUGCUGGAAUUUGCGGUAGCGGUCGGUGUCUGAAUGUGUUCGAAGGCUGUGGCUUAUUUCUUGUUCCAAUCUUCAUCAGAAUAGAAGAAAUAGGUUUCCUCUUUUUUUUUCCUGCUUUUUCUGCUCCUUUUUAUGCAUCUUGCUAUGAAUUUGUAGUAUAAAUAAAAGUCUCCUGCCCUCUUCCUGACAAUUGGUCUAGUAUAAAAGCUAAAUGAUGUAACAUAUAAAUAUAUAUAUUAGUGGAAUUUGGCAUUUUUAACAGGUUUAUUUC